AUGGCCUCCUGGUUCUGGGGAGGACCGGGCCCCGACCCCCUCAUGGUCCUGCUGGUUGUCAUCCUGCUAACGCGCUUCAUUCUCUGGUCCUGCCUCGGGACCUACAUCGACUACAGGCUGGCCCGGCAGCAGCCCCGCAAACCCAAGGAGGACUAA